GAGGGUAGGAUUGCGGAGAAUGGGAAGUACAAGGUGCAAUAUAACAAACCCGAAGAUGUGUCUGACGCUGUUAUUAUAAAGACUGGAGACUACUUGACAUUGUCAAGGCUAAAGAGGGAGAUGGGACAAAAGAAGAAAGAUGAGCAUCAAAAGAACCCCAGUACAAUCCCGACACCAAAGCGUACCUUAACGACGAGUCGCUUACCCCAACCGAAAAGAAAGAAAAUGGCAUCAGUUAUCCGUCGAACGACGCUAGAAAGUUUCAGUUCCAAUGACCCACGUGAUCUGUCAAUUUCUAAUGUAUCCUCGAGCUCCUAUUCAACUAGCUCAACACCAGAAUCAGUCUUCCAGGCAUCAUCAAGAAUACCAGUGCCCGUACGUGUAACAGUACCCCGAGAUGUCGAAUCGCCCUCUACGUCUGAAGAACAGUCCCUCCUGCAAGCCCUGCCAGAUUUACAAGAUUGUGAAAUUACAUGUAGGCAGCUUUUUAGGACACCUAAUAGGAACAGGCAGAAAACACUCUCAGCAGUAGAAAGGUACAUGAAGACAAUGAAUAAAAAGCAGCAUGAACUACAACUAGAAGUCAAGGGACUGCGACAAGAAUUAAAGGAUAUGAAUAAUCUUGUUUUGUUGAUACUACAGAGACUCCCCCCUCAUGGCGAGGGACAAGAUCAGCAGAUACCACCAGUACCUAGUCCCCAGCCCGCCACACAGACGCUGCCAACGCCUGAAACUGACACAUCAAAAUUUGGUGAUAUCCCACCGGAAUUUCGUAUUUCUGCUGAAGAUCUGAACGCCAUGCACCUCCAUGCUUUUAAUGCCGGCCAUUUCGCAACUAAAAUAGUACAAAGACUUUUUCCGGAACUGACCGGACCCGACAACUUACGGCAGAAAUAUUCGUAUUUCGGUGGGGGUAGAUGCAAUAAGCUAGAACUCGAUACACGACGGAAAUCAUUCGUCGUAAGAUAUGUUUUACAUCAUUAUCCUCAAGUGCAAGAAAAACAUGCCUGGCAAGAGCGCGUGGUCGUAAAGAUUAACGAAUUUCUAAGACGAAAAUGAAUUUUAUGUGUGUAUAGACAAAAAAAUUUUUAAAUAGAAAAAAACAAACAUUUUAUGUGUGUGUGUAGACAAAAUAUUUUUUUAAAAAGAAGAAAAAAAAGGUGUUUGCGAUGGAUUUGAAUACAUUGUUUACCAAGUGUCAAGACUUUAUGUGAGUAAAUACAUGUACUAACUGCAAUAAAAAAUGAAUUCACUUUUAGUGCAUGUAUGAUUAUUAAAUUUUGACUGUAAAAUAUUAUGAUUUGUAUACAUUGUGCAUAUGUAUUACAUGUACAUGUUUAACCUAAUUUCGAUUUUCAAUAAAAAUCAUGUCAAUGGAACCAAAAGAAUAUAUUGUAUGAUUAUUUAAUUUUGACUGUAAAAUAUUAUGAUUUGUAUACGUUGUACAUUUGUAUUACAUGAUUAACUUACUUUCGAUUUUCAAUAAAAAUCAUGACAAUGGAACCAAAAGAAUAAAAUGCUACCCAAAACAUCUCUUUAAUUGUCGGUUAUGGAUUUAUUAUGCAAUAUCGAUGCAGGUUCAAUCACGAAACUUGCGCUUACACCGUCUAGUAUAGCUUUUGAGCUGCUGAUAUGUAUAUGCAGUAGAAAAUCGGGAAGUUGAACGUACGAAGGAAUGGAAUCAUUCAGAAGUGUACUCAAAAUAAGUAAAUUAUAACGGGGUGAUGACGAGAAUUAACACACGUGUGGCCAUUGUAUAAAUAUAUGCCAUGUACGCGUCUGUGUGAAAUGGCUUUAUUUAAUAUCCGCUUCUACCGAAAUGAAAUGAGGGGCACCCAGUAGAUGUAUAUUGUCACAGUACCCCUUCCCACCCAUAUUGUUUUAAUGCGUCAUAAUACAUUGUUAUUAUGUACCGGUGACAGUCAAGAUUUGCUAAGAAUAUAGUCCCCGUGUCGAACCCAACAUCUCAUGUUUUCGCGCGUUUCAGACCACGUGACUAACGGUUAACCACAUUGCGGAAGUGAUUUAUGGCGUUGUGCUUUAUGGAUUUAGUUUAACUAAAGCUGCGAGUAAUGAAGUAGUGUGUAAAAUCUCAUCGUAUAUAAUUCAAAGUUUGGAUUUGGUAGCAGCCAAUAAGAUGAAAUGAUACGUUGUAAGUUAUUCAUUGUUUACAUACGCCGUACACGGUGGCACCACGUUAUACAUGUACAGUGUGUUAGAAAUAAAAAAAUACGACCGUAGCUGCCUCGCCAACGGUUAACAUAUCUUGUAUUCAACUUAAAUAAAUUACAUUUUCCGUCAACAUGCUUACAUCGGGAUGAUAUCGGCACUCAAGCGAUUCACCGUGUUCCACCGCGAAACACUAUAAUUCACCGUGAAACACCCUAUUUCGCGGUGAUUUGGCAAGCUGCCGUUUCGCUAGCGAUUCUCCGAGAUUCCACCGUGAAAUAGAGUGUUUUUCCACGGUGUUCGGUGUUUCUAGUCUCAAACUCCA